CAAAACCCACUACCCAAAUUCACAAUUCUCUCUGCAGCUUCAGUCUUCUCUCUCUAGAAACGUAAUACUCUCUCUCUCUCUCCAAACAAGAGAUGGCAAGGACAAAGCAAACCGCGAGGAAAUCGACCGGAGGGAAGGCCCCACGGAAGCAGCUGGCGACCAAGGCUGCUCGGAAGUCGGCGCCCGCGACGGGAGGGGUGAAGAAGCCGCACAGGUUCAGGCCAGGGACGGUGGCGCUGAGGGAGAUCAGGAAGUACCAGAAGAGCACCGAGCUCCUCAUCAGGAAGCUCCCUUUCCAGAGGCUCGUCAGGGAGAUCGCGCAGGACUUCAAGACCGAUCUCCGGUUCCAGAGCUCCGCCGUGGCCGCGCUGCAGGAGGCGGCGGAGGCGUACCUGGUGGGGCUUUUCGAGGACACGAACCUGUGCGCGAUUCACGCCAAGAGGGUCACGAUCAUGCCCAAGGACAUUCAGCUGGCGAGGAGGAUCCGCGGGGAGAGGGCUUACUAUACGCCCUCUCUCUCUCUAGACCCACAAACCCAACCAGAGAUGGCAAGGACGAAGCAAACAGCAAGGAAAUCGACCGGCGGGAAGGCCCCACGCAAGCAGCUCGCAACCAAGGCGGCCCGGAAGUCGGCGCCGGCGACGGGAGGGGUGAAGAAGCCGCACAGGUUCAGGCCGGGGACGGUGGCGCUGAGGGAGAUCAGGAAGUACCAGAAGAGCACGGAGCUCCUCAUCCGGAAGCUCCCUUUCCAGAGGCUCGUCAGGGAGAUCGCGCAGGACUUCAAGACCGAUCUCCGGUUCCAGAGCUCCGCCGUGGCGGCGCUGCAGGAGGCGGCGGAGGCGUACCUGGUGGGGCUGUUUGAGGACACGAACCUGUGCGCGAUCCACGCCAAGAGGGUAACGAUCAUGCCCAAGGACAUUCAGCUGGCGAGGAGGAUCCGUGGGGAGAGGGCUUAGUUUUAAUUAGGGUUUGCUGAUUUGGGGGCGUUUUUGUUUGGUGCUAUAGUACAAGUACUAUUAUAUUCUGUCUGUCUCUAUCUCUAGGAUUAGUUGGAUCGGAUGUGGGUUUAUCAGUCUCUCUAUUUUGUCUGAGAAUUAUCAGUGUGGCCUUUGAAUUGGAAUUUAUUAACUGGAAGAAAAUUUCAGCUCUUUUCCCAA